CUUGAUUAACAUCAGCAACACCGUUGCAAAUUCGACUACGAUUAUUCCAUGCAGUCUUUUCGGUAACGAUGGCCGUGGAGCAUGUCAUCCCACGAGAUCCUCUGAUGUCGAUUUAUCUUUCACCUUCCUCCCGCAACCAUGACCUCAGUGCAGUCGCUCGGCCUUCGUGAACCGAGUGCCUUACCAUACCUUGUGGCCGAGUCGAUCCUCCCUCCAGACCCCGCUCCCUCACUCUACAGAUGGACGGUCUUUCAGGUCCCUCAAUACCAUGGCCUGGGUCUAGUUGAGGAGGAAAUCCUUAGCACUGAGCACUGUGUUGUAUGGUCGCGCAAUGGAAUCAUCAAAAGAGCGUUGGACCUGGCUGUCGAAGGCGAAAGUAUCCUACAUGCCUUCGUGACAGACUUUGCUCCCAGCCAAGCGCAAGAUAUAGCAGAAGGAGGGCACCUCCAGGCGCAAGGUGGAUCCCAGGGACUGGUGGAACGUGGCCUCGUCGUGGUGCUCAAAACUCAGGCGCAUGUCUUUCUUCUCUCUGGUGAUGGCUAUGUUGUCCCUCUUUCGUUUGAGGUCGACUCUGCGCUCCCUUUUCCCUUCGGGUUCAUUCUGCAGCGGAAACUCAGUCCAGACGAGAUUGAAACCCCUCCUCUGCCACUGCAACAAGACCUGAGCACCAUAAACGAGACGCUUACUUCCAUCGAAGGUAACAGUUCGAGGCCAUCUUUAGUGCUACCAAGCGACCGGCAAUGGAAUUCGCGCCCCAAAUUUCCAACUGCCGCUGGCAUGCCCCGAACAUACUCAUUCACGCAGGUGAUGUCCGAGUUAGGUCUGGUGGUUCACAGUGCAAAUCGCAAGGGGGAGCCUCUUGACGGAUGCAGAGCGCUGCCUAGAACAGAGAGACUAGUCUUCAUUUCUCGGUAUGAUGAACUCGGUUCGCAAAUUGAGGACGACAAGCAACCUCUUUGCUUGGCUUUAACGCUCAACGAGAAGACUUCGACUUUCACUCUUUGGCAUGUGAGUCCAGACGUUGCCAGGAGAAGACUGGAUAGGCAAAAGACCAGUCGGACCUCCAAGCCGAGAGCUUCCUUGAGAAAGAGUUCGAACAUCUAUAAGCGUGAUCCAGGCGUUACCGCUCAACCAGCACGGAGGCCGGGCGAGUCGAGAGAGUCUCUUGGUGGUUCAGGACAACAAUUUCCUGACGCAGGGCUUCUCUCGUCAGUCCAGGAACAGAAACUAUUCCCGCCAGAUGAUCUAGCCUCCCAACUUGGUCCAGAGUUCGGUGACGUAGGGGUCCAAACUCGGUCAGCUCGAAGGAUCAGUUCAAUGUUAGCUCGAACGGACCUUGGGUCUGGAGCGGAUCGGAGCACAUUUAAUGAUCUGGCCAUGGGGCCCGGCGCUCGCCAGAGUCUGACCCGGACUGGCAGACGUGGAGAGUCCAUUGGGAGCUUCAACGACCGGCACAGCUUUGGCUUUCGACGCAGAAGCUCAUUCCCUACCAAUGCAUCCGCUUUCAGCACGGGGACUUCAUUCCUUGACAUAUCCGCUCGUGGUCUACUCGAGGACAUGGACCCAUUACUGCAGUCUGUCCGCGUCGAGGAAGAUAUUUGCAACGGAUCAGAGUCUGACUUACCUAGAGAAAUCGGAUUCUUCAAGAUCAAGUCUUUUCCCAGACGCCAAGUGUCGGUUGGUCCCAAUCCAAGUCUUGAUGUUGACGUUUCAACUCUCCAAAGCCCUGACCUGCUCAAUCAGGACGGACAACGACCGGGAGAGCUUUACGUGUGCGUCAUGGACAAGCCCCAACAAGAGCUCACUUUUGUAACUGUUCUGGUCAAAGCAGACUCGCGAGAAAGCAAGAAAACAUCUCUUGAGCUCAAAGCCACCGAAGUUCGCAGGUUAUCGGGAAUCAAGGAUGUCUGCAGAGUAGUUGACGGUCCUACUCAACGACUCGUCGUGCUGACCGAAUCGCUCGCAAGAAACAUCUCUCUACAGCUCGAAGCCCCUUGGUCUCCACCCUUUCGGUUCGACCUUCCGGCAAGGUUCGCGAUAUAUGAUCCCUUCGCGAGCUCACCGUCUUUGAGCCCUAGAAGGGACAAAGACACAGGGCUCAGACGGAUCAUACCAGGGGCGGAAGUCGACAUACAAUCACUGCUGGAGUCCGGAUCUCAUGGCAAAAUCUACGCGCUUGAUCAAUGUCUACGUCGUCAUGCCGUACAACUUCAACUGGCUCCUCGUGACCCCUUGGUCAUUGACAUCCUCAGGGUGUGUGAAGUGGUGCUCAAGACAAACCAGCAAGAAAGCUUGCUUGUUGCAUUUUGGGAGGUGUCUCGGUGGUUAAGCCUAAGAGAGCCGCCGGUCAAUUCAGAUUGGGUUGCGAUCGUUGUGGUCCUUUUCUCACUUGCGAUUCCUUUUCUGAACAGCCAGCAGUCGCAAUCUACGCCGAGCCAUCGACGGAAGAAAGGUGCUUUCCUUCGGUCCAGCAGUGGAAGCACCAUUGACACUACAAAUUAUGAAGCUAUGCAUAAUGGAGGAGGUGAUAUGAAUCUGAAUGCUGGGAUGCGCAGCCCAUCUUGGAGAUGGCUUUCGCGACAACAUACAACGAUUUCUUCUACUACACCAAGAUCGAAGUCGGGCAAGAUCUUAAGUCCAAUGACUUCCAAUGAGUCAGGUAGUGACGGGAAAAGUUCUUUUCUGAUGGAUUGUGUUGCGCUGGCAAAGGAAUAUGUACAGUCCCCAUCUGGCGAAAAUGCCUUUGGACCCGAGGGCUAUCUUCCUACAUCCAUCAACAAAGGCCGAGAGCAACGGUGCAAUGCCAUUCCAAGCAUCCUAUUAGGCUUGCAUCUUCUCUACGAGGAAAGCAAACUCAGUGUCCCGGCCAAUAUCAGAGCGAACAAAACGCGCAGCAAUUUGGUAAUUGUCAUGGCUCAAUUGGGACGCUGGCUUCAAUGGAACAGCUGGACAGCCGACAACAAUGGAUAUUACGAAUUCGAGUCAUUAGAGUGUGGCAGUUGUCUCUUUGAUCAUUCAGUCAUCGACGGCUUGCCAAUGCCAGCGCAACCCUUUGAACCCCCCUCGAUUUAUGACCACCUUGAACAAUGGAUCAGUGGCCUUUCUCCUGAUCCUUUCCUGACAUUGGCACAGCUGUCAGGGAGAAGCAUCAGCAGAUCUGGUGACACAGGCUCGCACCAAAUCGCUCAGUUGACCCCUCGAACAUUGGCUCUGAUCUCGUUCAUGCGGCAUGCGCAAGACCGAGUUGGCUCUGAAAACGUGAUUCAAUCCUUGUCGAAGGCUGGUAUGACGGCAGUAAAUCUACAUACCCUGCCGGAUGGGGUUGCUGCCGCUUUUCAGCAGGCUCUAUCGUCAAGGAGGUACCGAACAGUCCAGAAGAAACACGACGGGAAUCUGUUGCUCGCUGAUGGCACGGGUGUCAAAGAUGACGCCACGCUUUUUACAAACAGACCGCAUCUUUCUUCUACCCACGACGCUCUGCGAGACUAUCACAGCAUUUGCACAUCCGCACUCGAAGCAGAAACACUUCAGAGGUGGGAUGCAUCAUCCGAAGCUGACAGACAUGCUAUCACCAAGUUAAUCUUCAGUAAAGACCGGCGUUUCCCAGAAGCUUCCAAGCUUGUGAACCAGACACGACCUCCAGUGGUGGAAUGUACUCCUGAACCAGAGUGGACCGAGGUCGAGUUGCUGGAAGCCCAAAAGGAAUUGGCCCAGUACGUCACACGCCGAACACUGUCUGUGGCAACCGGACGAGGAAUGAUGCAUUACAAUGCUCGAGUCCCUUUGCUCACGGAAAGAGUCCCAAUUCCAGCCUUCAGCCUGCAAUGCAUCAUGAAACCCAGAAACUCCACCGAGAGUACGCAAGCAAUGACCUUCAGUGCCGAUAAAGCAACGUUUACCGAAGAGAAAGUGUGUUGGGCGUUUUUCCACAAUGGUGCAUCAAUGGGGCUGAUGAUCUCGAACGAUGCUAGAGGAAUUGACACUUCCUGGAUUCUGUACAACAAGCCGCCAGAACUGACGAACCGACAUGCUGGGUUCCUGCUUGCGCUAGGUCUCAACGGCCACUUGAAGACAUUGGCUAAGUGGGUUGCUUUCAAGUACCUCACCCCAAAGCACACCAUGACAUCGGUCGGACUUCUUCUCGGCCUGGCAGCGUCUUUUCUCGGGACUAUGGACACCUUGACUACUCGUCUUCUUUCCGUCCAUGUCACUCGCCUACUACCUCCUGGCGCUGCCGAACUAAAUCUUUCACCACUGACACAGACGACUGGUAUCAUGGGUAUCGGUCUGCUGUAUUACAACUCGCAGCACCGUCGGAUGUCUGAAGUUAUGCUUUCAGAGAUUGAAAAUGACGAUUCUGAAGAAGGGGCACCUGCCGACAUGGUCCUUCGUGAUGAAGGCUAUCGAUUAGCGGCAGGCUUCUCUUUGGGACUUAUCAAUCUGGGCCAGGGCAAGCGCCUACACGGCCUCCAUGAUAUGGGCGUUGUUGAAAGGCUUCUUGCGAUCGCGGUCGGCACCAAGAAUGUGAAUAUGGUUCACGUUCUUGAUCGCGCGACUGCUGGAGCCGUUAUGGGCAUGGCAUUUAUAUUUCUAAAGACAAACGACGAAGCGAUCGCCCGAAAAGUGGACGUCCCGGAUACUUUACAUCAGUUUGACUACGUCCGCCCGGAUAUCUUCCUCUUACGAACCCUGGCACGACAUCUGAUAAUGUGGGACUCAAUAGUCCCCACGACGAGUUUCGUGGAAGCAUCACUUCCUGCACCCUACAGGCGAAGAGCUGACCUCAAAUCGACGAAAUUUCUCAGCACAGAGGAUAUGCCCUUCUUCAAUAUCGUCGCGGGCAUCUGCUUCGCCAUCGGGUUGAGGUUCGCGGGCUCGGGACGUGUAGACGUCCGUGAUUUGUUGAUCUCAUACCUUGAUCAAUUCUUGCGACUAAGUCGGUUGCCUGCUCACAGCUACGAUGCGCGGGUGACGUUGAACAGUGUACGGAACUGUCUGGAUGCUCUGGCUUUGGCGGCAGCAUCCGUGAUGGCUGGCUCGGGCGAUUUGCUGGUUAUGCGGCGUCUACGCGCUUUACAUGGACGAACUGAUAAGGAAACUCCCUUUGGAAGCCAUCUCGCCGCACACAUGGCCUUGGGUUCGCUGUUCUUGGCUGGGGGAACAAGGACAUUUGGCACGUCCAAUCUUGCUAUCGCCAGUCUAUGUAUUGCAUUCUAUCCCGUGUUUCCUAGUGACGUGCUUGAUAACCGCAGUCACCUUCAGGCGCUCCGCCACCUAUGGGUCCUUGCUAUUGAAGGUCGAUGUUUGAUUGCCAGAGAUGGCGACGCCGGUGGUUCUGUCAUCGGAGGCGUGACUGCUACUGUCCAUCUCAAAGAUGGCACGACGCAACCGAUCCAAGUUCCUGGCUUGAUACCUGAGUUCGAAACCAUCAAAUCUAUCGAGCUCAAAGGAGAAGGGUUCUGGGACGGCUUCAUUGACUUUGGAGCCGGCGGAACAGAGCUUCGAGAGAAGAUCAAGGCCGAAAAUGCCGUCAACGUCGUCCUUCGCCGGAGAGCUGCGUAUGCGAGCCCUCCACGAGACCUCUUCAACGCCGAGCUGCAAGCGUUGACCGAAGCCCAAGGCAUCCCUAGCGUAGAUCCCAAUUCUGUCGCCUCCUACACUCACGGCGGAGGUGCAACGGUCGGCACGAGUUCCUCGAGGCCAGCCAAUCCAUUUGAAUGGUUGUUCGAAUUGGUUGCGCUCAAAGGUUUCGAUCAUGCUGAAAGAGCACUCGUGCUGGGCUCGACACCUGUGGGCGAAUGGAAUGCCGGGGAAUUGUUGCACACAAUGGUCGUUGAUUCUAGGCUGGAGCUGGAAAAGGUCAGUCUUCCGCCCGGAAGUGAAGCAAUUCUGCCUUCCGAGGGCAAGGAGACAUCUGCAUUAACCAUGGAGAAAGACAAACUCUGGCAACUGCGACUUCUGUUCAGCUGGUUCGAUCGCUGGGAGAGGGAAGAUGAGCAGAUCGAUAAGCAUGGUCAUAACGAGGGAGCAGUAGAUCUAGAUGAGGACAAAUGGUUCACCAGGUCUGGAGGCACAUGGUUGAGGAGGGAAGUCAUCGAACGCUUGAGAUGGAGAGUCUGGAACAUGACAAUGGCCGAGGACGACAAACACCAGACAAUUCAGAACGGCGAAGAGACUUAAUCAUCAUGGCUAUGUGGAGGCCAGGCACAGAAGCCGUUUAGAGGGCAUGUAUAGAUGCUGAUAGUAAAGGAUCAUGC